GUGACCCAGCUGAGGGUGUUUGUGUCUGUGCUGGAUGUCAACGACAACCCCCCGGUGUUCGCCUUCACCACGAAGGAGAAGGCCGUGGAGGAGGACACCAAGGUGAACUCUACCGUCAUCCCUGAGGAGGAACUGGAGGCCGAGGACCGCGACAAGGACGACAUCCUGUUCUAUACCCUCCAGGAAGUGACCCCGGGCGUCAGGGACUUCUUCUCCCUGGUGGGUGCAAACCGCCCCGCCCUGAGGCUGGACCAGCGUCUGGACUUCUACAAGUGGCCGAGCGUGACCUUCCUGCUGCUGGUGCGGGACACCCGGGAGGAGAACGCAGAACCCAGCCACACGGCCACGGCCACCGUGCUCCUGGAGGUGCUGCCCGCCGACCUGCGGCCCCCUUGGUUCCUGCCCUGCUCCUACUCGGAUGAUCACGUCUGCAUCGAAGCCCAGUACCACGGGGCUGUGCCCACGGGACAGCAACUGCUGCAGCCCCUCAUCCUGCGCCCUGGGCCCGUCUACGCUGUGGAUGGAGACCGAGGCAUCAAUCAGCGCAUCCUCUACAGCAUUUUAACAGGAAACGUGAACAACACAUUUGUCAUCGGUGCAGACUCAGGCAAUCUCACCAUGAAAAGUAGUGUCCCCAGCCCCAUGACCUUCCUUCUGGUGGUGAAGGGCGAGCAGGCCGACUUUGCCCGCUAUUCGGUUACUCAAGUGACAGUGGAGGCCCGCGCUGCCAACGGGAGCCUGCCCCACUUCCCCCAGAGCCUGUACCACGGCACCGUGGUGCUUGGCUCUGGAGCAGGCGUGGCAGUCAAGGACGCAGAUGACCCCUCUCAGCCUCUGAGGAUCCAGGCUCAGGACCCAGAGUUCCCGGACCUCAACUCUGCCAUCAUGUAUCAAGUCACCAACCACUCAUACUUCUGGAUGAACGGGGAGACCAUGCUGACCACCACGACCCUGACAAGAGCAGAAGUCUUCUAUGCAGAGGUUGAGGCCAAGAACACAGUGACCUCGGGCACAGCAACCACAGUUGUCGAGAUACAAGUUUCAGAGAAGGAGGUCCCCUCCACAGAGGCUGGAGGAGCAACUGGGCCCACGAGGAGCACCAUUUCGGAAGCCCCCAGACCCCCAGGGCCUUCUCAGGGACCCUCCAUGACUGCCUCUGGCGGGAGCACUGGUCCUCACCCACCCUCAGGCACAACUUUGAGGACACCUGUGUCACCCACCCCUGGGGGGCCCCCCAGUUCAGGAACCAGCACCUCCCCUCCACCAGCCACACCAGGUGGGGGCUCAGCACAGACGCAGAAGCCAGGAACCUCUCAGCCGACGCUCCCUGGUUCCAGCAGGAGCCCCCCACCCUCAGGUAAAGGCCUCGCCCAGGACCGGCGCUUCUCAGUGGUGGACAUGGCGGUCCUGGGCGGGGUGCUGGGUGCGCUGCUGCUGCUGGCCAUCACUGGGCUCACGGUCCUGGUCCACAAGCACUACUGCCACCAGCUCGGGUGCUGCUCCCGCAAAGCUCCUCUG